AUGACUUUUGGGCAAAACAUAAUAAGUUGGUCCAUACUCAGAGCAAUAAAAAAAAAGAAAUCAAACCAUGUGUAUGCAAGUGACGAGUUGACCUUAUAUUUAGCUAAUCCAAUGACGUCUCUAUCCGUUGAUCCGUUGGAGCAAUGGGAAGACAUGAAGAAUGUAUUCCCAUUGUUGUAUAAGCAAGCCAGGAUAAAUUUUUCUGUUGUUGCCUCUUCAGUACCCUGUGAGAGAUUAUUUUUGAAAGCUGGCGCCACCAUGAACCAGGCAAGAAACCGUUUGACAAGUUCUAGGAUGGAAAAACUUCUAUUUAUGGCAGACUUUUCAGAAGACGAAUGGUUCUCAUAA